AUGGAGGGGGUAAAGGGGCACUACGGAGUUGUCCUCGACGCAGGCUCGUCUGGGACGAGAGUCUACGUUUAUCGAUGGUUGGACAACGCUGUUGCGCGCAAAGGGGCAGAUUCGAAGGAUCUGCGAUCUUUGCCGGAAAUCAAAACGAAGCCAGAAUGGACCAAGAAGAUACAUCCAGGAGUGUCUUCAUUUGCCGACAGACCGGAAGAGGUUGGAUCGCAACAUCUCGCAGAACUGCUGGAACACGCUCAGACAAUCGUGCCCCCUGAUGCGAUCAAGGACACCCCGAUCUUUCUUCUGGCCACUGCCGGGAUGCGAUUAUUAGGCGAUGUGCAACGAAACCUUCUCCUGGAACAGAUUUGCUCCUAUGCGCGUGCCAACUCCGACUUCUUGUUGCCUGAUUGUGACGUCCACAUCCAGGUCAUUCCUGGAGUGACGGAAGGUCUGUAUGGAUGGAUCGCCGCCAACUACCUUCUGGGCAGUUUCAAUGCACCUGAACAGCAUGACCAUGGUAAAGGCCAUCAUACUUAUGGCUUUUUGGACAUGGGAGGAGCCUCGGCGCAAAUUGCAUAUGCUCCUAACUCGACAGAGACACAAAAGCAUGCCAGUGACUUGACGCUGCUGCGCCUACGCAAUGUGGAUGGCUCAACGCAAGAGCAUAAAGUUUUCGUCACCUCAUGGCUUGAGUUUGGCGUGCACGAGGCGCGACGACGCUAUCUUGAGUCUAUGCAAGCAGCAAGUGCGGUCGAUAGCGCCAAGGAACUCCCUGACCCUUGUCUUCCCAGUGGUCUCCGAACUACACUUGACGGGAAGCCCUUUACAUCGAAACAGGAAGGCGGAAUGCACCUCGUGGGUACCGGAAAGUUCGAUGAGUGCUUACGGCAAACGUACCCGUUGUUAGAUAAAGAUGCACCCUGUCUAGAUCAGCCCUGUCUCCUCCAUGGUAUUCACGCUCCCGCCAUUGACUUUGAUGUCAACCAUUUCAUCGGCAUUAGCGAGUAUUGGCAUACAACGCAUGACGUUUUCGAAAUGGGCCAUAAGGAUAAAGCAUACGAUUUCAACACCUAUCAGCAGCGUGUGGAGUCUUUUUGUUCGCAGGACUGGGAAACUAUCGCCAAGGGUAUAGACGACCAUAAAUGGAAGAAACUCAACCAUGAGAAGGCCUCUGAGGUUUGCUUCAAGGCUUCCUGGAUCAUCAAUGUUCUGCAUAACGGCAUCGGAGUUCCACGUGUGGGAUUGGAGGACACAACAGGCUCGGGACACAACGGCACGAAGGAGGUCAUUACACACGCGCAAGAGAAAGGUUACCUCGAUCCCUUCCAGGCAGUCAACAAAAUCGACUCCACUGAAGUCAGCUGGACCCUAGGCAAGAUGGUUUUGUACGCAUCCUCCCAGGUUCCUGUGGAGAUAGAAGAGAAGGCACUGCCCGUUGGGUUCGGUAGCAAUAUCGCCGGCAUUCCCAACGACUUCCAAUAUCCUAGCACUGAGUUGUUGCCAAAUUCUGAGGGUCUCCAUGGCGCGAAUUGGCAUGACGCUCUUCUCAACGCGAGAUCGUCCCGCCGAGUUCCAGGACUUGUGCUGUUCCUUCUCAUCAUAAUCAUGAUGGUUUUCUUUCUCUGCGGCCGCCGCUCACGGAUGUUCCACAAGAUCAGCAACCUCUUCGGAGGGCGGUCCCACCCUAGUUACCCGAAGAAGCGCAAGUUCUUCGGUGGGAAGUUGCCAUUCUUUGGUCCCAGAAGCCCCUCCUAUGAGCGUGUUCUUGAAGACGGUGCAAACGAGUUCGACCUGGGUGGAAUUGUCUCCGGACGCAGUUCGCUGGAUGUAAACCGCCUGUCGGAUACUGAAACAGCAAGCUUCCUGCCUCCCAAGCGAGCAUCAAGCUGGGGCAGCCCCACGCCCAGUCUAAAAUUUGGGCUAGACAAUUCUUCAUCCGGGACCAUUGGGCUUGGAAUCACCGCUGGCUCCGGUAUCAACGCUAUGGAUCGCGCAGGUCUGGUGGUGAGGACUGAAAGUCGGGACCAUCUUGCUCCUAUAGCACUGGGCCCUACGUCGAACGGCCGACGCUCCAGGGCAGGCAGUCCCUCGAGAUCCCACCCACACAGAUCACCCAUCAUGACACCACUGUCCCAUGAUGAAUGA